AUAAAUAAUGUAAACCCUAAUUCUUCAAUUUCUCUCUCUUCGCCGCUACAUUCAAACUCUACUUCUCUCUUUUCUCUCUUUCCGAUUUUUUUUUUCUAGGGUUUGAUUGUAGCGUAGGUUUCAGAUUGUUCUAAUGGCCGGUAAAGGUGAAGGUCCGGCUAUCGGUAUCGAUCUUGGUACCACAUACUCAUGUGUUGGAGUAUGGCAACAUGAUCGUGUUGAAAUCAUUGCAAAUGAUCAGGGUAACAGAACUACCCCUUCUUAUGUUGCUUUCACUGAUAGUGAACGUUUGAUUGGUGAUGCUGCCAAGAAUCAGGUCGCCAUGAACCCCAUUAACACUGUCUUUGAUGCCAAGAGGUUGAUUGGAAGGAGAUUUAACGAUGCUUCAGUUCAAUCUGACAUCAAACACUGGCCAUUCAAGGUUGUUUCUGGCCCUGGUGAAAAGCCCAUGAUUGUUGUGAACUACAAGGGUGAGGAAAAGGAGUUUGCUGCUGAGGAAAUCUCCUCCAUGGUUCUUACCAAGAUGAAGGAGAUUGCUGAGGCUUACCUUGGUUCAACUGUGAAGAAUGCUGUCGUUACCGUUCCUGCAUACUUCAAUGACUCUCAGCGUCAGGCUACCAAGGAUGCUGGUGUCAUUUCUGGACUGAAUGUUAUGCGUAUCAUUAAUGAGCCAACUGCUGCUGCUAUUGCAUAUGGUCUGGACAAGAAGGCCAGUAGUGUUGGUGAAAAGAAUGUUCUUAUUUUUGAUCUUGGUGGUGGUACUUUUGAUGUAUCUCUCCUUACUAUUGAGGAAGGUAUCUUUGAAGUAAAGGCCACCGCUGGAGACACCCAUCUUGGUGGUGAGGACUUUGAUAACAGAAUGGUUAACCACUUUGUUCAGGAAUUCAAGAGGAAGCACAAGAAGGAUAUCAGUGGUAACCCAAGAGCUCUUAGAAGGUUGAGGACUGCUUGUGAGAGGGCAAAGAGGACUCUUUCAUCCACUGCCCAAACCACCAUUGAAAUCGAUUCUCUCUUUGAGGGUAUUGAUUUCUACUCUCCCAUCACCCGUGCUCGUUUUGAGGAAUUAAACAUGGAUUUGUUCAGGAAGUGUAUGGAGCCUGUUGAGAAAUGUUUGAGAGAUGCUAAGAUGGACAAGAGCUCUGUCCACGAUGUUGUGCUAGUAGGUGGAUCCACUAGAAUUCCCAAGGUUCAACAGCUGUUGCAAGAUUUCUUCAACGGUAAAGAGCUUUGCAAGAGUAUCAAUCCCGAUGAGGCUGUUGCUUACGGUGCAGCUGUCCAAGCUGCUAUCUUGAGUGGUGAAGGGAACGAGAAGGUUCAAGACCUCUUGCUUCUCGAUGUCACUCCUCUCUCUCUUGGUCUCGAGACUGCUGGUGGUGUUAUGACCGUCCUUAUCCCAAGAAACACUACAAUCCCCACCAAGAAGGAGCAAGUGUUCUCAACAUACUCCGACAACCAGCCUGGUGUGUUGAUUCAGGUCUAUGAAGGAGAGAGAACCAGAACAAGGGACAACAACUUAUUGGGUAAAUUUGAGCUUUCUGGCAUUCCCCCAGCUCCUAGGGGAGUUCCUCAGAUCAAUGUUUGUUUCGACAUUGACGCCAAUGGUAUCUUGAAUGUCUCGGCUGAGGACAAGACCACCGGACAGAAGAACAAGAUCACCAUCACCAACGACAAGGGUAGGCUAUCCAAGGAGGAGAUUGAAAAGAUGGUGCAGGAGGCCGAGAAGUACAAGGCAGAGGACGAGGAUCACAAGAAAAAGGUGGAGGCCAAGAAUGCUUUGGAGAACUACGCAUACAACAUGAGGAACACAGUUAAGGAUGAAAAGAUUGGAGCCAAGCUUGCUGAAGACGACAAGAAAAAGAUUGAGGAUGCCAUCGACUCCACAAUCCAGUGGCUUGAUGGUAACCAGCUAGCUGAGGCUGACGAGUUUGAAGACAAAAUGAAGGAGCUUGAGAGUAUUUGCAACCCGAUCAUUGCUAAGAUGUACCAGGGUGCAGGUGGUGACAUGGGUGCUGGUUCCAUGGAUGAUGAUGGUCCUGCAGCCGGUGGAAGCGGCGCUGGCCCUAAGAUUGAGGAAGUCGACUAAGCUUCUCCUUUUAAUUAUGCAGCUUUUUUAGUUUUUAUUUUAGAUGAUCAAAUUUUUUUGGCAAAUGGACACCUCGCACUGUUAUUUUUGGGUUUGGAUUGUUUGACCCGUAUUUUUGUUGUAGUUGUCUUUCCUUCUACUAAGACAUUAAAAAACCCAUGCCUUAUAUUUAGUUCAUGUUUUGGUCU